AUGAAGAUAAAGAAGUUUUUUUCUACUCAAACUGGCCGGGUCCUUGAGUUUUUCUGGCGAAAGGGCACCGCCAAUGUCGAAGGGAUCAACCCAGCAUUGGCUGAGAACGCCAUUGAGACCGAAUUUCUCAAAGUGAAAGAUGCUUUUCCUGAGCUGAGACAAGCGGCCAAAGCGGAAGUAAAGCAAAAACCACAUCGUGCAAACAAGGCCGAUGGGAGAGAGGAUCCUUUUCAUGCAAAUUUCGUUAUAACGUCACAAGAGGGCCUCAGAAUCACAUCAGCCCAUUACUAUCCAACCCCCAUUGGGGGCAGUCACGUUUGGUUCUCCAAAGCGAAGUACAAUGGAGGCAAGAAAGUGAUGGAUUACUUGCCUAAAGCCGGGGAAUCCGGCAAGGCAUCUGGUGGGGAAGCGGAGGAAGCCUGA